ACCAGCACCGUCACUUUACAGUCCUCAUUGAUCUCUUUCACUAUCAAUACUUCAAAGCCUCCCGUCGACUAUUGACGACUCAUCCACAGCUCUUCGCAUCUGGCAUCGAGUCAUGUCAUGCCAACCUAACCAUCUACGACAUGGGGAACGCGCUGCCCUGUUGGAAAGAGUCCUGAGUUUGACUUCCGAAUUAAUCUCUCUCAUUCUUGAUUGCGUGAAUCCACCCAAUCCACCCAGGCUAGAUCAAGAUGUGGACGACAUACUCACGUUUCGUAGUGUAUUGGAACACCUACUUUGAUUGCCUAUGAUUACGACUCACUUCCGCUCAUAUGCCCACGCUACGAAACAGAUGCGUACCCCUCUGGUCUCCCGCAACGCUUAGAAGCAGAGUAUAACUGGCUUCUCCGUCAGAAAUGGCUUCGGUCGCAGAAAAUGUUCUCCGAAGCUACCCCCUUCGUCAUGACGCAUCUCGCGUGCCUGAUGCAACAGCCAUCCAGACUGCCUCUCGUCAUGCAACCCUGUUCCAGCCUCAACUUGACGGGCCUUGAGAAAAUCGAGCUCAAACUGCCAACGGAUGGUUUCUUCCUCUUGUUUAAAGUCAGCGCCCCGCCAUUUCCUACACCGAACCACUGUUAUUAUGACGAGACCUUGAUCGGUGCCGGUGCCUAUCUCGCGCACACCCGUAAACUGACUUUGGACUUCACUUCGAUGAACCCUUGGUAUAAUUUGGGGUUAGGUCCGUGGUCCGAAGAAGAUGACGGAGGCAUGCGGCCUGGGGAUAGGGCCACGUGCACUUCAGGCUUGGUCAUUGACUGGAUCUUGACAUACGCAUGGCACUACAACUACUUGCAGCACAUCCACAGCGUGGAGCUCAGAGGCGAUAUCCAAGAUUGGGUUAAAGAGAAAUGGCACCGGGUUUUUGCCGGCACGCACCCAGACCAAGACAAUGUCGCAAGCCGUCAAUGCAUUCAUCAAAUCGAGCACCACGGGGAACCAGAAAGCGUUGCUAUGGGAGAGCGCUGGAUUCCCACACAACAUUACCCGCCUGCGUGUCGAUGCGAAUUGAACUGCAGCAGAUUGCGGCGUGGGAUUGUGGAACCAGAAAUGCCCUCUACAACAUGGGAAGACGAUACACAGGACGACUUGCGUCCCUUGGACACGCUGCCAUGGCACAAUCAGAUGGACACAGAUGGGUAGCGUUGCAGUACGUGAAUACUUGUAGAUUGGGGUC